AUGCUGCGCUCUUCUGUUCUACAGGGUCGGCAAAUACUGUCGUCUUCGGCUCGCCCCAGGACAACGCCUCAAUGGCUGUCCAGAGCCGGAGCAAGUAGCCGGCUAGCAGGUCAGAGAUUCUUUGCUGAUGCGAAGCCUCCCACCCCUGUCACUCCAUCAUCAGACACCGUUGUCCCACCGGAAACCGUAUCGAAACCAUCGCCGGCUGCCGACUCCCCUGCCACGCCAUCCCCGGCUCCAAAGCGCAAGACUGGCCGCUUCCGGAGAUUCCUCAUCUAUCUGAUCCUGACAUCCGGCCUUGCGUAUGGUGGAGGUGUCUUCCUGGCGCUCAAGUCUGACAAUUUCCACGAUUUUUUCACAGAGUAUGUCCCGUACGGCGAAGAGAGCGUGCUCUACUUCGAGGAACGUGAUUUCUACCGUCGAUUCCCCAACACAUUGAAGACGCAGAAGCGACUUUCUGCCGCUCGGGAUGAAGGCAGCAGGGUCACGAUCCCUAGCAAGAGUGGACUUUACUCAAAGGAAGUCCAGGAGUCGCCAACAGGAAGCGAUGUGUCUCAACCCGGUCCUCACAUGAGUUCUGUCAGUCCAGACCGGAAGGAUGAAGCGAUUGUUGAGCCUGCUAGUGCGAAGCCCGAGGAAAAGACUGCUACGGUGCAGCAGGCGAAGAAGCAGGCUGCUCCCGAAGAACCCAAGAAGGAGAAGGAAGAGCCCAAGGUGCCUGCCCCUAACCCAAUCACCACUCUUGAGUUCGCUACGGUCAGCGAAGGAGACGAGCCAAUCGUCCAGGAGCUAGUCAAGACUUUCAACGACAUCAUCACAGUCAUCAGCGCCGAUGAGAAUGCGUCCAAGUACGAUAAGCCCGUUGCCAAGGCGAAGGAGGAGCUCCAGAAGAUCGGCGAACAGAUCAUUUCCGUUCGGGAUGAGGCACGUCGCGCCGCUCAGGAGGAAAUUGAAAAGGUUCACGCCACCUUCGAUGAGUCUGCUCGCGAGCUGAUCCGUCGUUUCGACGAAGUCCGCUCCAAUGAUGCUGCUCAAUACCGCGAGGAGUUUGAAGCCGAAAGGGAGAAGUUGGCCCUCGCCUUCCAGCAAAAGAUUCAAACCGAGCUGCAGAGAGCCCAGGAGCUCGCCGAGCAGCGUCUUCAGAAUGAGCUCGUUGAGCAAGCCAUUGAGCUCAACCGCAAAUAUCUACACGAGGUCAAGGACCUUGUCGAGCGCGAGCGUGAGGGUCGUCUUAGCAAGCUCUCUGAGCUGACUGCGAGCGUUACCGAGCUUGAGCAGCUUACCACCGGGUGGAGAGAGGUAAUCGAGACCAAUCUCAAGACCCAGCAGCUUCAGGUUGCUGUGGAUGCAGUCAGAUCCGCUCUUGAGCGCUCAACGGUUCCGCGACCAUUUGUGCGGGAGCUAGUUGCUGUCAAGGAACUAGCAGGUGACGAUGAUGUUGUCGAGGCGGCCAUUGGGUCCAUCAACCCCACAGCUUACCAGCGCGGUAUUCCCUCAACAUCUCAAAUCGUCGAGCGUUUCCGCCGUGUUGCCGACGAGGUCCGCAAAGCCAGCCUUCUCCCCGAAGACGCUGGUAUCGCUAGCCAUGCGGCAAGCCUUAUGCUGAGCAAGGUGAUGUUCAAAAAGGAUGCGGCCGCCGAUAGUGACGAUGUUGAAAGCGUACUGCUGCGGACCGAGAACCUUCUGGAGCAAGGCAACCUCGAUGCUGCAGCUCGUGAGAUGAAUUCUUUGAAGGGUUGGGCCAAGAUCCUGAGCAAGGAUUGGCUGGCGGAUGUGCGCCGAGUCUUGGAGGUUAAACAGGCUCUUGAAGUAAUCGAAACCGAAGCGCGCCUCCAGUGUCUACGGGUUGAGUAG